AGAAUCGUCAGAUCUAGGUUUUGUUUCUUUGUUUCUUGCGGAGUAGAGAGUAGUCGUUAGUGCAAGUUCGGAGUUGCGAACUUCGGAGGUAGCGGUGGUGGUUGGCGAUGGCGGGGAAGGUGUCGAAGGCGGCGUUCGACGCUAAAAUGUGGAAACUACUGAGGGACUACAGCCAGGUCCUGGUGGUUACCUCCGAUAACGUCGGUUCCAACCAGAUAAACGGCAUUCGGAGGGGUUUGAAGGGCGAUUCUGUGGUCGUGAUGGGUAAGAACUCCAUGAUGAGACGCUCUUUCACGCUCCAAGCUCAGAGGACUGGAAACAAGUCUUUUCUCAACCUUAUCCCUCUUCUUAGGGGAAAUGUGGCUUUGAUUUUCACGAAAGGGGAUAUGAAGGAGGUUAGCAAUGAGGUUGCCAAGUUCAAGGUUGUUGAUCCUCUUCUCAUGUGCCCCAAGUACUUAUCAUAUGAAUCGUAUCGCAAUUGUUCCUACAUGCAAUCUGGACAGUUACCUUUGGGCCUCAAGUGUUGUAAUCAGCAGUCGUCGCAAGAUUCUGAGCCCUUUCUUGUAUGCUCAAAAUUCACUCCGCACCAGCAUUGUUUCAUGCAGAGAUCAAAACAGUUCUUGGCAAUGAGUGUGUGGUCUCCUCUUCUCCUUUUAGCUGGGAGCUUGUGAUGUGGAAAAAGUGUUGUAAUUUGGAUCCAAUGGUUUAUGCGAAGGAUGAGUUUCACAUCCUUUCUUUGAGCACCAUUGACUUUGUUAGUUUAUUUAGAGCUGAAUCCUCCUUGAUACGAAAUGUGGAAUUAAUUUUUUUUUUCAUUUUGUAUCAGGGUCUGUGUUUGGGAAUGGGGAUUUUGGUAUGAGGAAUUUUAUUGCAGGAAUUUGUUCGCUGUUUCAAUAAGAAUAUUAGAACUAGUGUAUUACUCAAUGAGAAAUGUUAAAUGACUAACAUUUUUUUA